UCGCUCUCUCUUUCGCUCACUAUUCUCUCUGAAUAGGAGGAGAGGCAAGAUUCGGGAGAGGUCCGCCAUUAUUGGGAAGCUGGGGAAAAAAAUACACUUACAGUAUACACCGUCACAUAUUCGGGCAGCGUGUAAAUUGAUACUGUCAAACGAAACAGUUUACUAGUUGCUUUGAGAUUCGGAGCACUCGCUCGCGAUGUUGGAGUGAUACUGGAAUCCAGUCAGGGCAGCGCUGUGUUUUGGACACAACAAAGGAAAUAAUAAUUGGACUAAACAACGUGGUGAACCAAGGGAAGACACAGCGAAACAAGCCCAUCCAACGCCCCCUCUUCCCUUUCAAGAAAAUCUAGCGGACGAGAGGUUGAAUUAGUAGUCUAGGCUACAGAAUCUUUGUCGUUCUAAUUUGGUUGUUUUUGUCUCCUCGAGGUCAGACCAGGAACUUGGAAUGCUUAUAGUCCUGAAAACUUCACACCAGUGAAAAUGAAGACUUGAUUUUAAAGGACACAAUAAGUACUCCGCGUUGACCUAAAGGGAAUCGACAUGUAUGUGACUGUUACACGUUUUUUUCCUUCUUUUUAUUGAUAAAAUCCUUGCACCGGUUGGAGAAUCUGGUCGGCGAAACAGUGACCAUAACAGAGAAAGGAGUGAUCUGGAGAGAGGAAAGCUAUGGUCCAGACCCAGUUCUUGCAGUAAGCCCAGUGCAUGGAAACAGCACCACCUCCCUUAGCCUCGCUCCUUAGUGCCCCUGGGCAUGGCAGGAUGAUCAUCUGCCCGCCAUAACCAUGGCCAAGAAACAAGAUGCCCGGUCGCCCAUCUACAACCUGGUGGUGGUGGGCCUCUCCGGCACGGAGCGGGAGAAGGGCCAGUGUGGCGUGGGCAAGUCCUGCCUCUGCAACCGCUACGUCCGGCCCAGCGCCGACGAGUUCCACAAGGAGCACACCUCCGUCCUGAGCACCAGUGAUUUCGGAGGUCGUGUGGUGAACAAUGACCACUUCCUGUUCUGGGGGGAAGCGGGGCGGACCCUGGAAGAAGGGCCAGAGUGCCGGAUGCACGUGGUGGAGCAGACAGAGUUCAUAGACGAUCAGACGUUCCAGCCACACCGGAGCACCGCGCUGCAGCCCUACAUCAAGAGGGCGGCGUCGACCAAACUCGCGUCGGCCGAGAAGCUGAUGUACGUGUGCACAGACCAGCUGGGUCUGGAGCAGGACUUUGAGCAGAAGCAGAUGCCGGAGGGGAAGCUGCAGGUGGACGGCUUCCUGCUCUGUGUGGACGUCAGCCGGGGGAUGAACCGCAGCUUCGAGGACCAGAUGAAAUUUGUGACCAAUCUCUACAACCAGCUGGCCAAGACCAAGAAGCCAGUGGUGUUGGCUCUCACCAAGUGCGACGAAGGGGUGGAGCGCUACAUCAAGGACUCGCAUGCAUUCGCCCUGGCGAAGAAGAACCUGCAGGUGGUGGAGACGUCCGCGUGCUCUAACAUCAAUGUGGACUUGGCCUUCGUGACUCUGGUCCAGCUCAUCGAUAAGGGCAGGGGAAAGCCCAGGAUCAUUCCCUACUAUGAGGCUCUGAAGCAACAGAGUCAGCAGAUUGCCUCGGCUAAGGACCGCUACGAGUGGCAGGUCAGCCGGAUCGUCAAGAACCACAACGAUACCUGGCUGGCCACCAAUCAGAGAAUGCAGACGUCGCCAGAGUACAAGGAGUACGUGUUUCUGAAAGGAACUUUAAAGGCAAAGGAACUCUUCCAGCAGCACGUCCAGAGACUCAAAUUCGAGCACAUCGACAGGAGGAAGAAGAUUUAUCUGAGUAAGCUCCCUCAUGCCCUGAAUUCACUGGUCCCUGAGCUGGACGAGGUCAACCACCUCAGCUGGUCAGGCGUCCAGAAAGUUCUGGAAACCAAAAGGGAUUUUGGCCAUCUGUUUGUGGUGCUGGAUCGAACGCCCUGGGACAAAACGGCGCACAUCGACAACAUGGAGGACGACAGGAUACCCCAGGACCUCCUGGAGACGAUCGAAGCGGAGGUGGUUUACAGCGAGCACCUGGAGCGCCUGCGCCGGGAGCGCAAACGCAGAGAGCUGAGGUGCGAGUUCAAGGACAGGCUGGCCGCCUCCCCCUUCAUCACGGCGGGGAAGCCGUGGGAGGAGGCCAGGAGCUUCAUCAUGAACGAGGAGUUCUACCAGUGGCUGGAUGAGUCCGAGUACCUGGAGAUCUACAACAAGCACCAGAAGGAGGUCAUCGAGCAGUGCAAAGAGGACUUCCAGGAACUCCUUCUGGAAUAUUCCGAGCUCUUCUACGAGCUGGAGGUAGACGCUAAGCCCAGUAAGGAGAAGAUGGGUGCCAUCCAGGAGGCGUUGGGAGAUGAGCCCAGGUUUAAAGCCCUGCAGAAGCUGCAGGCCGAGAGGGACGCUCUGGUGUUGAAGCAUAUCCACUUUGUCUACCACCCCACCAAGGAGACCUGCCCCAGCAGUCCCCACUGUGUGGACGGGAAGAUCGAGCAGAUCCUGGCCUCGCGCUUCCCCACCCGCUACUCCUCCACCUCCGACAGCCAGCGGGCCGCAGAGGGCAAGGCUGACCGCAUCAACGUGGUCAUCCUGGGAAGGGACGGCUUGGCUAGAGAGAUGGCCAAGGAAAUCCGGGCACUUUGCACCAGUGACGACCGCUAUGUCCUGGAAGGGAGGACUUACGAGUUGACCCUUCGGCCGAUAGAGGGUAACGUACGUCUGCCUGUCAACUCGUUCCACACGCCCACCUUCACACCGCACGGCUGCCUCUGUCUGUACAACUCAAAGGAGUCCCUGUCGUAUGUGGUGGAGAGCCUGGAGAAGCUGAGGGAGGCCACCCUGGGCAGGAGGGAGCGGGAGAACAGUCUGGCCCACCUCCCGCUCUCCCUUCUCCUGGUCACUAAGCGGGGGGUUGGCUCCAUCGGGGACAUUGGAGGCGAGACGACCCAGACGCUGAUCCAGCAGGGGCAGCAGGUGGCUGGGAAGCUGCAGUGCUCCUACCUGGAACCCUCCAGCCCUGGCCUGAGCUUUGGGCGCAACAUCAGUGAGAAGCAGAUCAACCAGAUGCUGAAGGGCCUCCUGGACUCCCGCAAGAGCAUGGGGAGCAGCUCUCCUCCCUUAGCCCCUCCAUCCCCGCUAGGCUUACGGGACUCCCAGCCUCACCCCCAGCAGGGGGGCUCAGAGGCCGACCUGAGGAUCGUCAUGUGUCUGAUGUGCGGGGACUCCUACGACGUGGAGCAGCUCCUGUCUCCCCUCCUCCUCCCCCAGCACUGCCGCCCGGCCUCCAACCUCAGCAGCGGCACCUCGGUGCUCCUGGACCUGAGCGUGGGAGGCCAGAGGCAGAGCAUCGACCUCUCCCUCCUCUCCUUCCACUCCUCCUUCUCCCUCCGCAAGAGCCAGCUGGUCCACGGGUACAUCGCCGCCUACUCUGCCCGCCGCAAGGCCUCCAUGGAGACCCUGUGUGCCUUCCUGUGCGAGAUCCAGGACAUCAUCCCCAUCCAGCUGCUGGCGGUGGGGGAGAGCCAGGUGGAGCUGACAGAGUCGGAGGCCGCCAGGGAGCAGGUGAGCCAGGGGGAGGAGCUGGCUCGCGAGAUCGAGGCGAGGUUCAACACGGUGGUGUGCGGACCGGGAGGGGUGGUGGGGGGGCUGCACAAGAUGGACCUCUUCCAGUCCUUCCUCAAGGAGGUGGUGGAGAAGCGGACGAUUGUGGAGGCCACGCACAUGUACGACAACGUGGCUGAGCUGUGCACUAAUGAGAGCGUGAGCCCACACAGGUGUGCAUCACCCAGUCCCGUCAACACGCUGCUGGACUCCGAAGAUGACAUCGAGCCCUCGCCGCCCUACGCCACGCUUAUGAACGACGGAUCCCUUCCCUCACUUUUCGGCAAACUGGAUCUGGAAACCAGUGACCGCUUCUCGGUCAUCUCGGAGAUCAGCACCUUCGAGAGCAAGCUCAACAACAAGGUGCCCCCUCAGGUGAAGCCUAAGCCCGUCCGCAAGGUGAACCUGGGCCCCUACAUGGAGCAGCAGCAGGGAGGCACCACACGCCGCUCUCUCCCCCAGACGGUGAGCUGGGCCCCGGGCAGCGACGGUGGCUAUGACCCCUCCGACUACGCGGAGCCUGUGGACGCCGUCUCCAAGCCCCGGCCCACGGAGGAGGAGAACAUCUACUCGGUCCCCCACGACAGCACGCAGGGCAAGAUCAUCACCAUCCGCAACGCCAAUGGCAGCGGCGUUACCGGGGGCAACGGGUCCGACAGUGAAGCAGACAGCAGCUCCCUGGAGCGGAGGAGAAAACUAUCGAUAGGGAUGAAGCCUCAGCUGUACCGCGACCGAUCCAAACGUCUGGGCAAGUUCAGCAGCUUCAGAACCAGCUUCUCCAUUGGCAGCGACGACGAGAUGGGAGGGCCCCCCAAAACAAAUCAGGACGAAGUGGGCGGGGCUAACAAAGGCGACAGCUCUGUCAACGAAGAAGGCGAGGAUUCUAAAAAGAAGAAUAUACUGAGGAGCUUGCGUAGGACAACCAAGAAACCACGUGCCAAGCCCCGCCAUUCCCUCUCCAAGCCUGAAAGUAACUACUUUGGCGUGCCAUUGGUCAACGUGGUCACCCCAGAACGUCCAAUCCCCGUCUUCAUAGACAAGUGUAUCCGUUACAUUGAGACCACAGGGCUGACUACUGAAGGGAUCUACAGGGUCAGUGGGAACAAAGCUGAGAUGGAGAGCAUGCAGCGCCAAUUUGACCAGGACCAUAAUCUGGACCUGGUUGAGAAGGACUUCACCAUCAAUACGGUUGCAGGAGCCAUGAAGAGCUUCUUCUCUGAGCUGCCCGAUCCUCUGGUGCCCUACAGCAUGCAGGUGGAGCUGGUGGAGGCCUUCAAGAUCGGUGACAGGGAGCAGAGGUACUUCACCAUGAAGGAGGUUCUCCGCAGGUUCCCCAAAGAGAACUAUGACGUCUUCAAAUACGUCAUCAGCCACUUGAACAAGGUGAGCCAGAACAACCGUCUCAACCUGAUGACCAGUGAGAACCUGUCCAUCUGCUUCUGGCCCACGCUGAUGCGUCCCGACUUCACCACCAUGGACGCCCUGACGGCCACGCGCACCUACCAGACAAUCAUAGAGAACUUCAUCCACCAGUGUGCUUUCUUCUUCUACAACCAGCCGCUGGCCGACGCCCCGGGAGGACUCCCUGCCUCCCCCACCUCCACCCUGUCCUCCGGCGGAGGCUCCGCCUACUCCAUGGGGAGCUCCGCCUACUCUAUGGGAAGCUCCGCCUACUCACUGGGAAGCUCCGCCUACUCCAUGGGGAGCUCCGCCUACUCGUCUUCGUCCUCUCCGUCUCCGGCGCCGUACGUCAUGCCGGCCACGCCCCCGGUGAUCCCGCACUAUGGCCGGCCCCUGAUCCACCGCUCCCCGUCCCACUCGCCGCCGACCACCCCCCACACCCCCCUCCCCUCCCUGCUGCCCCCCCUCCACCCCCACGGAACGACGCACACUGUGAACGAGGGGUGAAGGGAGAGAGAGAUAUAGAGGGGGGAGGGCGGGCGGGGGGGGGGGGGACAGAGAGAAUGAGAGAUGGAAAUAAAGAUGGAUUGUGAUUGAGGUGAGAACAGAAAGAAAAGAGGUUAUUAUGAAAAAGGAGAGCAAGGAGGAAAGGGACAGAAGGUGAGGCAGUGGGGGGACGGGGGGACGAGGGGGAGUGAUGCAGUAUGUACAGGGAGGGAGAAACUUAAGUCUUUGGGAGAAGGGGUUUUAUUAGCCUCUGUUGCAUUUAAUUAGAAUUUGGAAAAAACACACACACACAGGAGGGGCCAGGAUAGAUCAUAGUAUGAGCCACUAUGUAACAUGGGUCCUUAUUUACCUCUUAACCCUUUCCUUAUCAGACCCUUCUCACAUUAGGGUAAGACACACACACACACACUGCUUUGUGUAGCCAGCUUGUCAGCAUAGGACUAUGACAGAAGGUGUAACACUCUUAUGCUUCCCCCUGGAAACUCAGUACAGAACAUUACCCCCCUGCCAGCCCCCACCCUAUCCUGCCCCCAGCAGAAGAAUCCCCCCCUCAUUGGCCUGGGUACUGGGUGCAUGGGGUAAGGAGGGGGAGGUAGAUAAACUGUAUGGACCACUAUCUGGAUUCCACCUCACCAAACACACACAAUACGGCCCUUCUAGGACCCCGGGGAGAAGCUGGGCUGGGGCUUCCUUUUAUUUGACCACUGUUACCAGAAUAUGGACUAGAGACUCUCAGCCUUGUGCUGCCUCUCCCUCACAGACACAGACACACACAGACACACAUACCGGGCGUUGACAGUUGCAACAGUAACGGCAAGGACAAGAAUCUUGACCAACCGGAUCUGCUGGGAGAUUCAAGCAAGGAACUCUGUGUGUUCACACCGACGGCAGUUAGGGUAGCUCCUCCUUUUCUGUCUUUCUUUUUGGGUGACCCCGUGACCCCUGGGGCUCCAGGCUGUGUGACCCCGUGACCCCUGGGGCUCCAGGCUGUGUGACCUUUCUCUGCUCUGUUCUGUUUUACCAAGCGUGGAUGUUUUCUCUCUCUUUCCCUCUUUCUCUCUCUCUUACUCUGACUUCCUGUGUCUCUCCAUGCUUCCAUUUUGUAUGGAUCUGUUUAGAAGGUUUCAUGUUGAUCACAGGCCAAUAAGGCUGCAGUCUCACACAGGAAGUCCCUCCCUUCCUGGUCUCUGUGGUGCUUCGGAUUGGCCCUUGUGCUUCUUGGGAGGGGCCAAGUUCAUGUUUGGGCCAAUAGAGACUGCAUAAGGUUGGGGUUAGGGAUGGGUGGGGCUUCAGCUGAACAGACAACCACUAGUUAAUGUUUUCAGACACAGAGUAGAGCAGAUACAGGGCGUUCCUGUCCAGAUUCCCAGAAGGCCUUGGGAGGCUUGACUUCAACUCUGUCCUGUCAACCAAUCCAAGAGCUUCGUGAACCUGGACCUUGGUGAGCCCUACAGCCGUGACCUUGAUGUGUGUGUGUGUGGUUUGGCUUGUGUAUUUGUCAAAAUUUUACAGGCUAACAGAGAGAGACAAUAACAUUGGUCACUUCCUAGUUCAGUGUGAUUGGCCCCAGCUGUAGUUGGACUUGAGUUGGGCACCCUGGCGUGGCGUUGCUCUGUAGAAUUGUCCACAGCACUUUUAAAGCACGUCAAACCUGGUAGGUGCAGUUUAUUAACCACUCCGAGAGCCAAUCAGUUAAAGGACAACAAGAACGCGCUACUGCCACCUGGUGGCGGAGGCGGUAUUAUAGCCAUUACCUCACCCUUCUACUGCAUGGGCGGAACACCCAUCUCCCUCCUUAGGGAUCAACAUAAGAUACUCUUCUGGGCGCAGUUUCACAUGAAAUGUAUCAAUUGAAGGUGAAAUAUGAGGGACUAUUACCCCCUUGGGACUCUGGGUGAACAGAAAAGAAAGAUCUAGUAUCUAUUUUAAAGCCAUGAUAACUGCAUUGAGAUUAGCCUAUAGAUUCUGACCUGUAAUGCUAUGUUUCUGGAUAGACAGCCGUGUGGUCCACAGGCCCUGACGAGCAGUGGGUCGGUUCUUUCUCUCGUUCUGUGUUCACUGCUGUUAUUCUCAGGCUGCAACAGCUUCUGAGCAGUGUCCUUGUUUGACAUGACACUGGUAACUUACCCUGAGAGAAAGAAAGGACUAAAGAGAGAUGGAGAGAAAGAGGAAGCAAGAGGGGACGAAAGAGGGAGCGAGACACACAGAGGAGGAAAGAAGUACAGAGAGAGGGAGAAGGAGGGAAAAUAAAUGGAGAGAGUGAAGGAGAGAAAGAAACAAGAGUGAGAGUUCCGGUGUUCCGGUAUAGAACAGACAGGCCAUUCAUCCAGACGGGAUGACAGACGGGAUCACGGAAUUCCAUGGCUCUUGUCUGCUGUUGGCAUGGAAACACUUUGUGAUCGUCCAGAGACCAGAGAUAGUUUAGCCUGAUUGUGAGUGAAUCUGGAGGAAUCAGCUGUGUGUGUGCGUGCGGAUGGACUUGUGUGUGUGUAGUCACACUUUUCCAUGCUCUAUUUAACUUAUCCUUCACUGUCUCCAUCACCAACCUGACCAGACCACCGGUAGAGAUGUCUCUGCUUCUAGAGUUACACUUGACUAAAAUAUAGAGAGACAGAGAGGGAGGGAGAGUGAUAUAAGAAGAGAGUAAGUAAGAAUGAGUGGUGGUUGUGGGGGGAGGGGAGCUUGGACUCUGGUACGUGUCACUGAAGGGCCUGCCCCAGGAGUGUUGCCUGCCUCACUGUGGUGAGUGAGCGUGAGGCCGCCAAAGACUAGGCUACGAAAACAGGGUGGGGGGGGGAGCGUCAUGACACAUGGGGAACACAUGUAUCAAAACAAAACAAAAAAAUGUGACAUCAGCGAUCAUACGUGACUGCUUCACUCACUGACUUUCUUCUUUAUUUUUGCAACAAUGGUGACAGAUUAAGUUAAAAUGAUAAACAAACAAAACUAUAUCCAAAUGGUUGUUUAUAUCUAUGUUGGAGGGUGUGUGUGUGUUGGGGGGGAGGCUGGGGAGGGGGUACCUGGCUUUACCCUUUUAUUUGAUGGUGAUAGAAAACAAAAAACACAAAUUUCUUUUCAUGUUUUAUUUUAUGAAUAAUAAAAAAAGAAAGUUUUUUUAAAUAAUUGUUGUGAGUGGUGCGGAGGCCUGCUGUGUGUGGUGCAUGUUCUCAGACAACCAAAGGGGGGCACCACCUCACACGGUAUUUAAAGAGGAAGAAUAAAAACAACAAAAUGGCCCAAAAAAAAAAAAAAAAAAAGAUAAUAUGAAAUAAUGGGGAAAUAUUUAAAAUACAAUGGUUGAAAAAUACAAAUGAAGUAAAGUGAAAUGAUGCAUCAACUUAAACAGAGUUUUCCUCAUGCAAAGAGUCUGUUCGAUCACUCUCCAAGGGGAUGGCCCAUACAGCAAGCCUUACAUGACCUGUAUCAUAGUUAAUAAAUCAAAUCUUGUAA